GUAUAAAAGCUUGACCAGGAUACCUUUUUCUUACCAGUAUUGUUCAUUGCGGACCCUGCAAAGCACAUAACAGGGCAAAGCAUGGAAUGCUACUGAAUUUCUUGGACUAAUGAGACAUGGAGGUUUGGGCGGUUGUGUGAAUUAUAGUUCAACAUGACAGAUACAAAGACAGAUACUCAUAGGGAUUUGGCUCAUAAGGGAGAUACUGAGGAUCACGUCAGGCAGCCCAUGGAGCAUGAAGGACACUCAAGAUGGUGGAUAAUAUAACAGGAAUCACCAAUGGCAGCAAAUCAUCAGAUACCAUUUUAUUCAGGCCAGUCACAGCAAAUGUGAAUGUGAUCAUCAUACAGGUGCUGGUGGGUAUCUUCUUAUACAUCAACAGCCUCAUGAUCCUCACCUUCUUCAUGAAGGAGGCCUUUCGCACCGAUACCCGCUAUAUCCUUUUUGUCCACAUGCUCUUUGUGGAUUCCUUUCUGAUGAUGGCGACCAACCUGACUCUGCUACUACUAUACUACAGACUGGUGAUCCCCUAUGAGGCCUGCAUAGUGCUCAACCUGGUCAUGAUCUGGUUGCAAUUCUGCACACCUCUGACAUUGGUGGCCAUGUGCCUGGAGCGCUAUGUGGCUGUGUGUAAGCCCCUGAGGCACGCUGCCAUCUCCACGCCGAGGAUUAGAGUGGUGGGCCUGCUCCUCAUUUGGGGGCUGGGCUGUGUACCUGCCCUCGUCAUCCUCCUUUCCUUCGCAGCCCUGGUCUCAGCUGAGCGGCUCACCAUGAGAGUCUUGUGCUCCGUGGAUGCCCUGAUUGUGAUUGAGUGGCAGAGGUACCUCCAAAUUGCUGUGUUCAAGUUCUAUUUCUUGGUCAUGUCCGUGGUGAUCGCUUUCACAUACAUCAAGGUGGCUGCAGCGGCCCGGUCUGCCUCUGGUGAAAACAGGAAGUCGAGCACCAAGGGCACGAGGACAGUGGCUCUCCAUGCCAUCCAGCUUCUCCUUUGCCUCAUGCAGCUACUUACGCCUUUCGUGGAGAUGGCUGCGCUACAGAUCAGUGUGGUGGUCUACAACCAAAUCCGUGUUGUCAAUUUUGUCGUCUUUAUGAUAGCUCCGCGGUGCCUGAGCCCAUUGAUCUAUGGUUUGAGGGACCAGAAGUUCUUCCAAACAUUGAGAAACUAUGCCGUUUUUGGCCUGGAUAAGAAGAUUCAGCCAGCUGCUUCUCAGUCUAGGAAGGUGAAACUGAGGCAUUAAUGUGAAGGAGGUCCUGGGAGACACACUGACUGGACUGCAUAUGAUUCCAUAUAUGAGUGAUUCAAUGUUUACCUAUGUUAUUAUUUAAUGUUGUUAAUGCCAUUUUUAUCACUAUUGUCUCUUUAUUAUGUAUGUUAAACUACAGUACCUCAUUUUAUGCAUCAUAUUGAAACUGUCACACACAAGCUCAGAGGACCCCCGUCAACCUCACCCAGUUCAUGCAGGCACUCUGUGUCUCAUUAACCACACCCCCUCGAGGAAUUCCCUUCAGCAAACCCACCCACUUGGGGUAGCCCUGUUUACUGGCACCCUAACUUAACGGUGAUUCUUAUUUAGGGUCACGCCCCUUCGCAGCCACACAGCAGCCAAAUGACAGAUCUUAUCCUUUUGCUGAGAGUUUGUUCCCCUGUUGGUUCUCAUUCUCUCUGCCUGGUUUCUUGAUGUAGUUUUUGUUCCCCGGACUCCAGGCCUUGUUUUGUCCUCUCACUGACCUUCACCCAUUGCCUCACCUUCACCUGCCCAAUGACCUAAUGCCUUACCGGCUGCUUCGGAUUCUGUUUUGCUCUUUCUGGCUCUGACCUGUACUGUUUGACUACGAUUUUUGCCCAUGUUAAUAAACCCAUUUCUCUGGACCCGA